AUGGCGGCUGUAGCGCCAAGCAGGAGGGGGAUCAGGCGCACUGGGGGCGGGCCCGCCCCUCCUCUCUCGCCCGAGGUGCGGCUGCAGGACAGCCCUGCAGCUUGGCGGCCGGCCUCGGGCAGUGGGGAGCUGUGGGCGCACCUACGCCUUGCGGUCCUGGAGGCGGCGUGGCGCCUGCCCUGCCGGCGGCAGGUGACGGGACAGCAGUUUGCAGCGGCUGACGUUGUCGAUGACGUCAUCAACGGCGUGGAGCGUGCCGUGCGCGUGGACUGGCACAGCGCCAAGUCUGACGCCCCUGAGCUAGGCGGCGCGAGCACCUCGUGGUUCCCAGGCCGGGGCCAGCCCUUGAGCUUGUCUGGGUUUGAGCUGCGGUGGUGUGGCGGCGGGGUGGUUGCUCGGGUGGUGCAUGCAGCGGCAGCCUUGCUCACGGUCCCGCAAUGA